GGGCAGAUACACUGCAUAUCCUGAGGUCAUCUUAUUCAGGUCUGAAGGUCACCAAAAUCCCAAUGUAUUUCACAACAAUGGAUUGGGGAUCUUUACUAUAUACUUUUGAGUUCAUCUUCAUCUGGUUAUACAACAUGGAUCAAAGAGAAAUUAUCAUGAAAAACCUGGAGAGGAUCAGAAGCAGAAAGCUCAACAAGGAAGAAUUCACCAAUGAAUAUUUGAAACUGAAGCGGCAAUCGGCGACCUAUAGAGCAGAGAAAAUUUACCCAACAACUGUGUCUGAGAGACCUGAAAAUAACAGCAAAAAUCGGUAUAAAGACAUCUUACCAUAUGACCAUAGCAGAGUGAAGCUCUCUUUUAUCACAUCAGAUAAAGACUCUGAUUACAUCAAUGCAAAUUUUAUCAAGGGUGUAUACGAGCCAAGAACCUACAUUGCUACCCAGGGUCCUCUUUCCACAACUGUUGUAGAUUUCUGGAGGAUGAUUUGGGAAUAUAAAAUCUUGAUCAUUGUCAUGGCUUGCAUGGAAUUUGAAAUGGGGAAGAAAAAAUGUGAACGUUACUGGGUUGAUGUAGAUGAAUCCCCACUGCAGUUAGGCCCUUUCUUCAUUUCCUGUGAGGCUGAAGAAAAAAGAAAGGAGUAUGUGAUUCGCAAAUUGAAAGUAAAACUGAAUGACAGUGAAAUCAGAAGUGUCUAUCAUUUUCAUUAUAAAAACUGGCCAGACCAUGAUGUGCCAUCUUCAAUCAACUCUAUUUUUGAGUUCAUAAAUGAGAUGCAUUGCUACCAAGUACACAAUGAUGCACCUAUCUGUGUACACUGCAGUGCGGGCUGUGGACGAACAGGAGUCAUAUGUGCCAUUGAUUAUACUUGGACCUUGCUAAAAGACAGUAUUCUUCCAGUGAACUUCAGCAUUUUUAAUAUAAUUCAGGAAAUGCGCACCCAGAGACCUUUGUUGGUGCAAACUCAGGGCCAGUAUAAGCUGGUCUACGAUGCAGUAAUUGAACUCUUUAAAAGGCAGAUUGAAGCAUUCUCCAAUCAGACUGAUCCUGUUACUGUGGAGACUGAAGUAAACCAGCCUGCAGCCAAUAUACCUCAGGAUCCACAUAUGGAAAAGUCUUCUGUAAAACAACCAAACAGUUCUGCACAAGGGGAGCAGAAGAAAUCUCAGUGUUCUGGUCAUGAUGCACAAAGCUUAGACAACCUUGACAAAAACAGAGAUGGUGCUUCUUUGGUCAGGCCAGCACUUUCUGUUGGAGCGUUGAGCCCUAGUGCCAACAGAAACACAGGAUGGGACUCUUGGUUGGCAAAUCAGCCACUCCACAAACAUCACAGUUUGGACUUCAAUUAUUGUUUUUGGACUGAUCCACUUCUCACUUUGAAAAUGGGUGAUAAAACUGGGAUAGGCUUAGAUACCAAAGUGCAUCCUACCCAGAUCAAAUCUACUCCUCUUCAAUCAGUUUCACAGAAAACACUGCAGCCAUUGACAAACAUGGAUUCAGGUUCUGGCCAGUGUGGAGGCUUUCAACUUGACUCAAGCCUUUCCAGCAAGUUGUCAAACAAUACCCCGCACUGCAAGCUCAGGAAUUUGUGCCACCAGCACUGUAUAUGGUCAUCAGAAGACCCUUACUUUUCUUCUCUCUCAUCAGAAGAACCUUGUUCCCCAGCACUUCCUGAGUCUUCUCUCAGUCCCCCUACAACAGUUUCUUCAUCAUUGUCUUUGGCUACGGCCUUUGCAGCCCAGUCCUUGGAGAGCCCAGAGCCCAGCUGUUCAUUGGAGGGUAUCCCUCCAGCCCAGGAUACCCACCCUUUGGAUGCAGAGGAGUCAGUCUGUCAGUCUUCUCCCCAGCAGGAUGAAGACAUUCCUCCUCCGCUGCCAGAGAGAACCCCUGAAUCCUUUAUUAUUCUUGGAGAAGACAAUGAGCUCCAGCAGCUGGAUAAGCCUUUGUUAGCAGCUUCAGAUCACCAACUAUCAUCUAAAAACGACAAAAUAAAAAUCUCUACGGAAUGGAACAGCAUGUCUCAGCUGAAACAUUUUGAUGACUCAGUGAGACUGAGACCAAGUAAGAGUGGAAAGCUACAGAGGCCUAGAUCAGAAUUUCAUUGGAGUCGAUCUUCAUCACCCCCUACUCCCCCACUUCCAGAGAGAACUCCUGAAUCAUUUUUUCUUGCAGAUGAGGACUCUUGUUCAUCUGUUACAAACAUUGUAGUGAACCCUGGAGACCUUCAGAUUAAAUCAACAAAUGUACCAACAAAGGAGACAAAAGGCUUCAGAAGGAGCAAGAGUUUGAAAAUUUUACGAAAUGUGAAAAACAGUAUUUGGAGCUCACCUUCACUAGUAAGACCUCCAGAGCACGAUCAGUCAAAUCAUCACAGCUCUCUUCUGAGUCUUGGCUUUGCAAACCGAUUUUCCAGACCCAGAGGGCCAAGAAAUCCACCACCAAAUUGGAAUGUCUAGAAGAAUUUCUUAUUUUCUAUUGUCUCUGUAGACUUGCCUUGCUGAUGCUUCUUCUGUUUGUUUCCAACAAAAAUCAUCAUUUUGAACAAAAAGAUUUUUAUUGAGGUAUUAGACUAGUAUAUAACUUUAGUAAAAUUAAUAUAUAAACUUACCUGUCCAGCUGAUUUGGACUGCAUGCCAUACUGAGAAAAUGGGAACGGAGAGCUGCUGUGCUGCUUCCAAUAUUUGUUCCCAUCGGACAACAUCAGGUAAAAUUUUUGAACAAACAACAUAUUGUGAUGAACAAAAAAUAAAUGCUAGGGCUCAAGCGGCCACAGUGUCUUAUGAUGUUGUCUUCAGCCUGCCACUGUAGAAAUAUAAGAAUGGAAUAUUCUUACACUUGCUGUGUUGCUGUUCAAGAAUGGUACUUGGUUUUCUACAGAGAGACACUUCAUUUGUCAUUCAUAUAUUCCAGGCCUAUGCCUGUCAUGAAGAUAUGACUUCAGCCCCCCUUGCUUUUAAAACAGAUUAGAGAUUGGUAAGGAAGCUGACUAUAAUAAUCAUUUAUGGGGAAGGUAUAUCAUUUGCAGCUGGUGGACAUUUCAGCACACUUUCAAAACUGACUUCAAGUGAUUUCUAAUGUGUAGGUAGAGUAGGACCUUCAUAUUCUGAAGUGCUGGAACACUUCUUCAACAACGAAGAGCAAUAAAUUGUUUGGAUUGCCCCCUAUUUAAACAGAACUCAUUUACUUUCAAGCAUAUGUUGUAGUGUUUCAAAUCAAAAUACUUGUGUUUUGUUCUGAGUUCCGUUUUGUUUUUAGAGAGCAAUUCCUGACUAUUUGAAGACCUAAAUCACUUCUCAAAAUGGCAGUCUUUCUCUUUAAGGUUCAAAAUUUGGCAUCUGAACCAUGUAUCCUAAAUCUCCAAACUUAUGCCAGCCCUUUUAAAAUAAGAAGAUAGGGUUAGAAAUAAUUGAUUUUACAUAUUUGGAGGAUGUUUAAAUUGCCUUUCCACUUCUAACUGUUGUGAUUUAUUGCUUGAAUUUUGAGACCAAAACAGGCCUGGCAGUGAAUCAUUGUUCUCCAUGGUCAGUAACUGAAGUAUGUGAUAUAAGCUCAAAAGAUGCAUUAUGUGUAAAGUGCCUAUCACAGGAGGUAUUUGCAUCACAACAUUGAUCCAGUUGCCUAAGACAAGAAAGAUGCCUUAUGUCCAAGCCAUGGCUAUGCUGAAAUGUAUUGAAUUCAAUACAAAUCUAUGUAUUGAAAUAAAAUACAAUACAAUACAUGGAGAAGGUACCAAAUUGGGGAAAGCUGGGUUAUAUUUUAGAGUUGAGAACAAUAUGAGGUGAGGAUAAAGUGAGAAUAAAAUAAAGCCAACAAGUAACCUUUACCUCUAUUAAAAAUAAUCAGAAAACUUUAAGCAAAUUGAAAAACAUUUAGUGAAAUACAGUGGAACCUUGGUUUAUGAAC